AUGGAUCCAGGCCCAUCCUCUCCAGUCGCGCCCGCGGUAUCGCCGUCGUCGACCGCUUCGGCCCUCGACCGCCUGCACCGCAUUGCUGCACUGCCCACAGACGCACACCUCGCAGCCUGGCUCAACGACCACCUCGCACACCACGCCUCGUCAUCGCCCCACCCCUCAACCUCUCAGACACAGGCGCAGACGCUGACGACCACCGCAGACGCACUACGCACCGUUUCCAUCGCCAUUGCAUCCCAGCGCGAAUCCGCAAGGUCAGAUAUCCAACUCCUCAUCGACCGCCUCGUCGACAUCAUCCCAAAACUCGGACUCGACCUCAACAUCACCGCACAGGCCGCCAAAAAGCUACAGUCGCACAUCGACGCUGCAAAAUCGGCCCUCGUACAGCCACAGACCAGCCAGCGCCCACCCCAGGCAGACGACACACACAGCGACGAUGCCCGCGACCCACCCUCCGCCUCAGUCGACCACGCCCUGGCCCGCAUCCGCACCCUCUCGCACCUCAAUCAAUCCCUUGUGACAACUCGCAACUCGCUUCGGGAAGCGCAGGCAUGGUCCACGCUAGAAUCGCACGUCACCUCGUCUUUCUCCGAGCAUCGGUGGUCGGAGGCCGUCGACCGCAUCACAAAGGCGCGAGACUCCCUCAACCUCUUCCGCGCCGGUCCUGAAACGUCUCCGAGCAACGACCGCGUACAGCUCCUGGAACGCCUCACCGACGCGAUACAGCAGCAUCUCGUGCCCAUCCUCGAGCGGUCAAUCAAGGACAGAGACGUAGAAACCACGACCAAACUAGCCCAUCUCCUCAACCGCGUCGGUCGCCGCGAAUCCGGCUUUGGCCAGACCUACCUCGCCACGCGCAGGCAAGACACGCUUCUGCACUGGGCGCAGCGCAACGCCGACGUCCCGGACUCAGCUGCGGCUGCAUCGGCGCUGCCCCUCCUCAACUCUCUGUUUGCAGAUGUGCUCGGCAUGCUCGGCGAGGAACGCAUCUAUGCCGACAAAAUCUUCCACAGACCUAGGCAGGCCGCCGAGUUUCUCCUCGCCGCCCUCUUUGACGGCCUCGAACCGAGCCUGCAUGAGUAUCUCCAGCGAUUUGCGUCCCUCGAUGACGUCGAACACCAGCUGGCGGCGGUUACAAAGGCGUACCAGAGCGUCGAAGGCGCGUCAAAGUCCAUCGCCGACAUGCUCCCUACCGACGAGGCCGCCAGGGCUGCAGGCCCACCAGACGAUGUCGACGCCACGUCGAUGCCGCCCGUCGACGCGCUGGAUAUCGCGGCCAUUCCGUUGGCUGCGACGGCAUUGCCUUGGCAAGAUGCCCUGCUAUUGCCCUUUCUCGAGUGGCAGACGAGCUUUGCGACACUGGAAGCCCGCGCCAUGGCGACGCGCUUGCAGGCGGCUCAGCUAGCAACAGGUGUCGGGACGGAUCGAGCUCAGCACCUGCGCGAACUCGUUUCAUCGGCGAUAGAGGCGGCGGGCACCUCUGCUCGACGGUCGCGCACCCUCACGCGGGGCUAUGCAACGGGUCCCCUGAUUGAGCGGGUCGAGGCGCUGCUCUGCUCCAUCCUUGACUCACAGAAACGCGACCUUGUGUCGUACGGACAGGCGGUGGUGGAUCGAAUUGCCGAGCGGGGGCGGCAACGAGAGCAGGCGUCGACAACGACGACAUCGUAUCGCAGUUACGACGAUCGCGAAGAGGAUCUGACGACCGAGGACUGGGAGGACUUCCAGCGCGGCACACACGUCCUCGCUGCCUGCCGCGACGUCGUGUCGCGCAUCGCUGCGCUCGAGGCGACUCUGGCCGGGCAGCUGGUCGAAGUCGGGGCGCUGUUACCUGCCAAGACAUAUGAGGAUCUCCGCUCGUCGAGCGAAGAGGGUGCAAUCUCGCACAUCGACGCCAGCAAGGACGACACUGCCAAUGAUAGCACCAACAAUAGGAACGGUGACGGGCUGUCUCCGCUAGACAGGUCCCCACUCAACUCUCGCCUCCUCCGGCACUGGAUCGACCUGGCAUCUCGCUUCCUGUCGUCGUCAGCGCGUCCCAACGCCAGCUCGAUUGCCCACCUGGUCGGCUCGACGACAACAUCACACCGCGAGCUCAAGCUCUUCGCACAGACGCACUCCCGCAUCCUGAUGCUGGCGAGGACGACACAGAAGUACUUGCACGAUGUCCUCCUCGCGCCGUUCACGCCAGCACUGUCGGCCUACGUCACUUUGCCGCUCUGGACGGCGACUCGGCAUCCAAGCGCGGUCAACGAGUACGACCUGACGAUGCCCCAGUUCAGCCUCAGCCCUACGGAUACCGUGUCGAGGAUCGGAGAGGGGCUCCUCAACCUGCCCCGGUUGGUCGAGGUGUACGCCGAGGAGGAGUGGCUGGCCUUCCCGCCUGCCGCCGAUCCCCUCGUCGACGGCAAAGAUGAGCGGGGUGAGGUCGCAGCUUCGGACGCGGACCGUGGCGGAAAGCCGGGGGCCGGUACCGAAGCGACGGCAGCGGAGACGCAUCGACGGAUGCACCGACAGGCCUUUUCCACCACGUCUCUGCCGCCCGCCUCGGAUCUUGUCUCCGCACCGACGCCGGCGGCAUCCACCGCCAACGGCACGUCUUCGCCAUCGGAUCGUCAGGACAAUGCACCGGGGACGCGGACGCGGGAGGCGACGCUGUCGCUCUUCCUCUCGGCGCUGCUCUCUUCGUUCCUCUCGCACCUCUUCGGCACGGUGCUGCCCUCGCUGCCACGCCUCUCCGAGGUCGGAGCGAAUCAGCUGGCCACGGAUCUCGACUAUCUUGUCAAUAUCUGCGCUGCGCUCAACGAUCGGGAUAGCCAGGCGCGGAUCCAGGCGUGGAGGAAGGUGUGCGCUCUGACGCACCAGGAUGGGCUCGAGAUCGCCCGCUGCGGUGGCGGUGUGAGCGAUGCGGAAACAAGCGGAAUCAUGCAGAGAGAAGACGAGGAAGCGUGGAAGGUGAUUGCACGGCUGCGAGGGUGGCUGGCAUAG